CUUUCCUGAAGGAUCAAAGCAGUCUGUGCUCCCGUCGCGUGGUCCUGGAUCAGGACUGCGGCCGUCUGCCAGCCCUCAGCAUGGACAGCUACACUGACACCCAGCUGUUUAGUGAUAUGAGCACAGAUGCAGCUGUUGUUCCUGUGGUGGUGUCUUCAGUCAUCCUACAGUCUGCAGAUCACACUCAGACUGAGCUGAAGAUCACAGGUGGAGAAAACGUCAGUCCUGUUCUCAUCAACCCCACCCUCUGUGGAAAUGUGGUGCUGAAGGUUGUCUAUGUGAUAAAGUACAACCCACAGGGUAAGAUAGAAAAUGCAACGGUGUCUGUGGUGCUUGGAUUUGUAACUGAAGCUGUGCUGCGUUUGGAACAGGAGUUUCAGGUCACGUACAUCCAGGCAGAUGGGGGGGACGUGAAUGUCCACUACAGCGGAAAUCCAGGUUAUGUGGUCGGCCUGCCGCUUGUGUCUGGAACAAGAACAGCCGAUGGGAUCGUCAGAAGCGUUGACCUCAGAGACACUCUGUCUCUGCUCCUCAGCACUGAGGACCAGGACUGUCUGCAGGGUCCACAUCAGCGCUCACCUGUCCUCUUUGGUCAAGACUCUGUGUCUGGCUGCCUGUUAAGGUUGGAAGAUGGUGUAAAUUGCACUAUUGUCUCGCAAGAGCUUCUAGGAGUUUUGAGAGGAUUUAACUAUCCUUAUUAUGUGGCUUCCUUUGGAAACUCCCGCCUGGACAAUCUCCUGGACUGGGUGCCAAUCACGACCAACUUCAAUCCCACAGUGAGUGAGGUCAACCAAGGGGCACAGUAUCUUAUGAUGAUCACUGUCAUUGCACUGAGUGAUGAGUCAGGGAGUAAUCUUAGAUCACUUCAUGAUGAUCUAAAUUAGGGGUGGGCGAUAUAAACGAUAUACGAUA